GCGCCGCAAACGCGUCGGACAAAGUUCGUCAUCCAGACUUCCAAAGCUUCUAGCUGCAUGCGUGUCUGGCUGAAUGGGGUCGUGGUUUCAGGUACGACGGUAACAAUCCUACCGGGUGAGACCUGAAUCCUUUUCCGACAAUAACAAUACAACGUUGUCUCCUCGACUGUCACAGCAACAAGCCACAUGAUCCAGGGCGUUCGCCUGCAUCUACUGUCUCAUCUGAGAUGAUCGCCAACUGAGGGCGCCCAGUCUCUCCUGGAGGUGCAUUGUGAAGACCAUGCUGCGACCGCGUUAUCCAACCAUUUCCAGGGCCUCACGAACGCAUCACAUUCUGCGGAGCGCAUAGCGGCAGACAUGGUCGUCAUCCGCGAAUCACCUCGUGCGAAACGAUCUCCCGAUAAAAAUGACGCCGAGUGGCCGCCGAGAUCGCCGUUCCAGGCUCUACUGUCAUCACCAAGCGGACGCAAGAGAUGGCAGGAGCACCAAAGUCGAGCUGGCGCCCGCUCGCCGUCACCAUCCCCGAUGCGAAAACAGACAUCGUCUUCGCAGACGCUACAACGCAUGCUAGAUGAUGCGACUGGGGGUGCGAGUGAAGAGGAGGAAGCCGACGAGGAAGAUGAAGAAGACGAGGAGACUUUGCAAUUACGUCUGCAGCAGAUAGAGACCCGCCUCAAAUUGAAGAAACUGCAGCAAAAGACGCAGAAGGAUACAUUGUCGAGACAGAAGCGUACGGACUCACCUCGCAAAUUACUACCGCCUCGGUCUGCGCCCCCAGAGACAGAACGAGUGGAGGUGCCGCUCUCGCCGGUCCGCAAGGUGGGGCCGCUCAUCGAGCAAGUAUCACCAGCGCGACGGCGCCUGGGCUUGGACGCUCCAUUCAGAGAGCAAGAGAUCUCGUUGAAGCGUGCGCGACCGGUCCCAGCAUCUCUCCGUCGCUCAACAGCCGAGGUGAAUGUGCCCAGGCCAAAGAGCUUUAGCGAACGUCUCCUGGAAAGCAAAGAAAAGGAACUUCAACAAGAGGCUCGCAAGGAGCAUUUGGAGGAAUUGCGGAGCUCGGCAUUCGGAGUAUCGCGAUCCCGCACACCCACUGCAGAAGAACAGUCCGCGCAAAAGACGAGUAGAACUCAAGAAAACGGUCGCGGUACGAUCACAUCAAGAAUUGGUUCUGUACGCCAGGCAAGGGCAACCAAGGAGGUCCCUCAUUCGUCUUCAAACUCCUCCACAGCCAAAGCUCCAAGCGAAAAUGAAACUUCGGACGCCGCGUACGAUCCCUUCUCUAAGAUACACCUCAGCAAACGGCUCAUUGCACAUUCGGAUGUCGCUCGUGAAAUGUCAGACAAGGAAAUUUACACUCUUCCUCGGCUCCUGAAAGAGGUCAAAUCGCCGGAUUACGAAGCACCGGACUGCGAAUCAGAUUAUGUCGUGUUCGCCGUGCUCUCGUCAAAAUCGGAUCCGUUUGACGUUGCUCAGACUCACAAACAGACCGAUAGUCGGUCCAACGAUAGUACAGAGGCGCCUCGUAACAAGUUCAUGGUUCUACAUCUGACAGAUCUCAAAUGGGAAAUGGAUCUAUUCCUGUUCGGUACAGCGUUCAACCAAUUUUGGAAAUUGACUCCAGGCACUCUCUUGGCAAUCUUGAACCCGGCAAUCAUGCCUCCGAGAGGUAACCAGCAUACCGGCCGCUUCUCUCUCAAGCUGGGGAGCUCGGACGAUGCCGUCAUGGAGAUCGGAAAGGCACGCGAUCUUGGGUACUGCUCAAGUAUCAAGAAGAACGGGCAGCAAUGCGGUGACUGGAUCGACAAGCGCAAAACAACCGUGUGCGAAUUUCACAUCAACCUACAAGUUGCCAAAAGCCGGAAAGAUCGCAUGGAGGUCAAUUCCAUGUUUCGUGGCACAGCAGACUCACCCGAUGGUAGGAAACGAGUCCUUUCUAAGAAGGCGCCCGCGCCAGGUGCGAAGAAGUUCCAUCACGGAGAUUAUGGGACACUCUACUCUGUUUCCGCCGACAUGGGUCGCAGUGCUGCAACUCUUCUCGAUGCCGACGACACUGAUGCUCUACACAGCAUGACUCGGGAAGAGGCUUCACGGAAACGUAUUGCUGCAGCACAAAAGGAGCGCGACCUAGCCCGUCAACUUGUGGAAAUGGGACGAGGUGCAGGGGCCGAGUACUUACGUGCCAGUCAUCCUUCAAUCGCCGAUGCACUCGAUCGCAACGACGCUGCGGCUCAAGCUCGAUCGGCACUUUUCGACAAACCCACCAUAGCAUCCUUGGGACUCGGUGCGAAGAACGCCCACGAAGCACGCCUCUCCCCUGCCAAAGACCGCAAGAGGCAUUUCGGUCUAGGAGAGAUGACCACCGCCACCGCACGUAAACGCGAUCUGCCCAUGGGAUGGGGCGGUGCUAAGCAAGCGGGUCUCGCCCUCGUGUCACGAAAGUCACACGAUCAGAACCCAUCGGCAUCUACAUUACCACGGGAGAGAGGCCAGACUCUCAUCUCUCAACCACAACAACAGCAAGAGGCAGACACGGCAAAUACGUCCUUCUCAUCUGCCUCCCACUCGGCAGAAUCUUCCUCACAUGCCGCGAGGGCGGGACAAGUGCGACCACGCUCUCAGGGAAGUAGUAUUCGCAGUGGAGGAAGCACCAGUCCGGUCAAGAAGAGAGCACGGUUUGCCUUAUCGAAGGGCAUUCGGGAACCCGGGAGAGAGAGUUUACCAGGCGAUGCCCGCACUGCUGUGGAGGAUGUUUUCCUUUUUCAUGAUGACGAUGACGACGACGAUGAUUUGGAGAUUGUAUAGUAACGUAAGGGAGGGGCGCUGUUCUACUUUUUUAUUCUCUACAGGAUAGGCAUGGGUUGGGUCAAAUCACCAACCUCCAUAAACGGACUUGUCUAACAAUUAGAAUCCCAAUGACGUCUGUCAAGGCACCAAAAAUAGUCGCUUUAGCUCACUUGGGAGAGCGCCAGACUGAAGUUCACUUCGGUCUCACAGCAUUCUGUGCGGUAUCUGGAGGUACUGUGUUCGAUCCACAGAAGCGACAUUUGUUUUGCAAAUCGAGAGGUGCCUUGGAAGCUCGAAUUUGAUUGUGGGCUUUCAUUUUGGCAGGCGUUCGGCGGCGUCAGGCUGUACGGUUGAAAUUUUGUCCCUGGCUUGGCUUUCUCCUUCAUCAUUGAGCAACAUUUCGGAUUGAGCACGAUGAAACUGGCGAGCACGAUGAUAAUGAGAGGGACGUUGUAAAAUUCGAAAUGAGUCGC